CAACUACAUAUUUGUGAAAAAAUUAUUAUCCCUAAAAAGUCGGUAAAGAACAACAUAACAUUUGUUUUCCAUGAGAUCAGUGCACGGAGUAUAAAUUUGGAAUUACACCCUGCAUGCAUCAGAUGAAUGAGGUAGAACAAUUUGCAAAUUGGUUGUAAAUAGUUAGUUGAGCAAUGUACUCAAACUACUAUCAUUUCUUAAAUAUGACAAACAACCAUGUAACAGUUUCAUUGAGCGAAGUCAGUUAAUCUUGGAAGUUAGGAGUUUAAACCAAUAAUAUAGGUGGAUCGACUGAUAGAUAAUUGAGACUAUUCAACAUAUUAAAUCAUCAUUUAUUGACCAUCACAGCCAGUUAGAAAGCAAAUUAUUAGAAUUAUACCAAGGAGAUCCAAAAUUUUGGUUCAGUUGUACUAAGUUAAUGGAAUCCCAUCAAUAUAUUAGUAAGUAAAUGGUUUCCACGUAGUUUUUAAAAGAGUAAUUCAAGUAUGUUUUCAUUCAAUAGCGAUCAAUAACAAUUUCAUUCAAGUUUUGUGGCAGUAAUGACUUGUGUGAAUCUUUUUAAGAUAGAUUACCCAAAUUCAUUACUACAUACAUCGCAAUCAUAAAUCAAAUUCGUAGUUUGCAAAUUACCCAAAUAAACUACCGUUUGAAUUUACUACCAAAAACCUAGGAUUUAGAAAAGUAGCACAUAGUUUUUACUCAUUAGGGUUUAGAUGACAGUACAACUAGGGAUGUCAAUCCAACCCGUAACCAUUACCCGACCGUAACCGGUCAACGAGGGUAAUUACCCGCUUUGACGGGUUAAGGGGCGGGUAUGGGUAAUACCCGGUUUCAAAAUAAAGGGUAGGGUACGGGUAUGGUAAUCGAUAAUACCCGCCCCGUUAUACCCGCCCCGCUAACCAAAGGAUCAAUUUCCCUUGAGAAAUUUAGUUUAGCUUGAGAAAUUGAGUUUAACUGUCAUUAUUGAUGAUGAAGAUGCAGGCGAUUAUUAUGUUUGUGUGGAUUUUAGAAGCAAGAACAAUUAUUAUGUGUUUGCUAUUUUUAUUUGUGUGCAUUGUUGAAGCUAGAACAGUAACAAUUAUUGAGAAUUUUUAAUGGACAAUAAUAUGUAUGUGCAUAUAUGUGUAUAAGUUCAUAGUUUAGGAUUCGUACCCAUGAUUACCCGAAUACCCGUGGUUACCCGGUGGGUAGGGUAUGGUUAUAUAAUUUUCAUACCCGAUGGUUUUUUGGUCGGGUAUUUUAGAAGGCUCUACCCAGUGGAUUAGGAGUUGGUAUAGGGUAAACCCGAACCCGACCCUACCCAUUGCACCCACCAAAAUUUACUAUUCAAGAUUUAGAUGGUGUUUUUGCACCCACCUCCUAUUGAACAUGCAUUUUGAUUAGGCAAUUCAAAAUCUUUAAUCACAAUACAACGAACAAAGAAUGAAUGAAUUUUUAAAAAAUUAUUUGGACUAGAAUUAUUUAGUAGCCAAACCUUUAUAAUUUGGCAAAAUAAUAGUUAGAACUUUUGAAAUACAAUAUAAUAACCGAAUCGUUAAAUUUUCAUCCGCCAUCUCGUUCGUUAACUUUUCAUCCGACAUCUCGUUAGCUGACAAUGACGUGGUAGCUUAAUUGAUGAGUUUGGUGAAUUUUAGUGAGGUGACAAAGAGUUAAUCAACUUGUUUAACUAUGUUUGGAAAUUUAUUAGUUUUUAAAAAUCGUGUAUGAUUUUCAUCUAUAGAUUUCUUUUAAAUAUGCUUGUAUGAUAAGUGGUCCAAGUAUUAAAUUAAGGCAAAGCGCCCAAGCCCAUAAUACAUUCUAGCGGAACUCAAAUAGAAGAGGAAUCAAACUCAAGCAUCGGGAAGAGAGAUUGCAAUUGUAGGGUAGAAAAAUGAUUGGUCCAAACUGACCAAACUGUACUUCCUAUGAUUGCACAGAGAGCUAGCUUUUUCAAUUGUGCAUGUUCUCACGGCGAAUAUCUAUAUAGUUGGGAGGAUUAUCGACUAUAAGGUUAUGCACCUAAUCCACUUGGAAAUGGGAACGGAUUAGGUCAGUAACCAGCUAACAUCAGCAUGACAUCAGCAUCACUUUCUCUCUCCUGGAAAGCCUUUAAUUUUCCCUUUCUUAAUCUUUGACGGACGAUUUCUCACUCGUUUUAAGUUGAUUUUUUUUGCACAGUUAGAUCAGAUUAAUUGUGUUCUUCAAAAUGAUAUCCAUUUUGAUAUAUUUUUCGAACAAAAAAAAUUGAGCCAUUUUUUACUAGUCUAUACCAUAUGGUAUGAACUUGUAUUGAAAUAAGAACAUACCUAUGGUUUGAAAAGCGUACCAUGGUGGUAUGAACAAACCAAGACUGUAGGAUGGUUGAAUACAUGAUAGUAGAAGUAUAUUAACUGUCAUUUACGACUUUUAUCAUUGUGUAACACAAUAUACCACCCCGUACCAGGGUGGUAUUGUAUGGUAUUGUGUGGUAUUUUUUGGUCAUGUAAUUUGUUCACCCAGAAAUUUGUAGAUCCAAUAGAUCAUGAUGAACUCCUCUCUUCUGUGAAAACGUUUUCAAAAACGAAUUAAAAAAGAAGAAAAUACCAUAUGGUAUGCAGUUGGUACCGAGAGGCCAUAAUUUUUUUUUCUCAAAAAAUAUUGAAAAUUGAUCUCAUUUUGUAGAGCACGAUGAACUCGUUCCAUCUGUGCAAAAAAAAAAUCCGAGUUAAAACGAAAAAUAUAUGAGCCGAUUAAAAAAGUUAGGAAAAAUAAAAAUGGUCUUUAAUUCUCCAUCCUUAGAUCUGAAUUUUCUAAAUAAAGGGUCCAUAUUUGAUUAUUGAUGGGUGUAUAACUCAUGAUUAUGCACCCUAUCUUGAGCCUGUCAAAUUCAUAACCCUGAUUUUUAUGAGUAGAGCCGUAGUUUAGAUCCAUGUUUAGGCUGGACUUGAAUCGGUUUGUUGUUCACAAAAACCAUUCCGACCCAAUAUAGGAUUUAUGUUCAUGGCCCAUCUCCGGCCCGCUGAAAUCCAGAUUCAACUAGGAAAAAGUGAAAUCCAGAUUCAACUAGGAAAAAGGAAAGAACCCGCCAAAACUACAGAAGCCGUCUUUUAUUCCUUAUCCAGUAAAGAAAUGGAUAGCUAGUGCAGUUAUUAUAAACUAGCCUAUUACCCGGCCCGUAAAGGGUAAUACCCUUUUUCGUGAGUGAGAUUUCAAGUUUAAUUUCAGACAGUAACAAUUUGUUAUUACCCUUUGUUUUACUGAACUGCAGCUUAGCUGGUGUAGAGACUAGUGAAAAAGACCCAGAGACGGUACAAGUUGAAGUACAUAAUGUAACAGAAAGGCUGGAGGACGAGGAGGCAUUGAUAUGGAAGCCUCCUAGGGAGAUGUUCACCAACAUAGCAAAGAAAUUGAUCGACUGCAGAAGCUUCCGCACUUGCUGCAGGACACUUAAAUCAGUCAUACCUCUCCCGCCUCCACCGUAUCCAUGGUUCUUCUACUUCAAGCACUACAAAGGGAACCUCAAUUUCCAGGACUUGAUGUACGGGCACACACACGAGAAACAAGUCGACGAUUCUCUUUCGACCGCAGAAGUCGUGUUCUCGAAGAAGUGUUGGUUGGUCAUGACGAUGAUGAAGCGCAUGGCGAAUCCGGAGUUGGAUCCGGAUCUACCAGUUAGACUCCACAUUACAUUCUACAACCCUUUUACGAAGGAAGCUCGCACUGUUCCUGAGAUGGUACCCUAUCCUUGUUCCCCUUCGAGCUUCGGGAUCUCAGCUCCGCCUACUUCUCCGGACUGUUGUGUAAUUGCAAUGUGGGAAGAUUUACUAAAGGAGGUAGUCUUCAGUUUCAUGAGAUUGGAAGACCAAUGUUGGCAUUUUUUUCUUCGACCGCACGACCAGCACGAAUUCCAACCGAGCUACCACAACACUCCGGUUUUCCUCGACGAUAAGUUCUACUUCUUGGAUAAGGCAAGGAGACUGGGUGUUUUUAGCUAUGGUCGUGGCUAUGGGAGCGAGUUCACAUGGACGUGGGAUGUAUACGAUUGGAAGCUACUAGACAAAGUUGGUGAGCAGGCUGAACAUCUACGCGAUGAGCCUGGACUCGAGCUGGAGUAUCUGGUGGAAUGUGGAGGCGAAAUCCUAGCAGUACUGGUGACAGACUUUGGCGAAUUCGUUAGAGUUUACAAAUUUGAUCAGGAACACGAAGGAUGGUUGGAAGUGGAGGAUUUGGGAUCACACAUGUUGUUUGUCAGCAGGACGUCGUGUUUUUCCCGUGUGGAAGAGGUUGAUGGGACGGGGAACAAGAUCUACUUUUCUCGAGUAUCCACGAAGCAGCAGAGCGUGAUGUUUUAUUCGUUGGAUACGCGUAAAUAUCAAACGUUCAACUCUAAAGAUCACGCCAUGGAAGACUUCCAACCUACUUCUGAAGUUUGUUUGAGUGGUUGGAUUGAAACUGCCCUGAGAUAAGCACUUUCUAAUUUCCAUACAUAUAUGUAUGUCCAUUACAAAUAUCAAGUAUAGUUGCUCCGCGUAAUGUCUAAGAGUAAGUGGGUUGAUCUUUUUACGAGUCAAGAUGAAUUCUGUAAACAAAUUAUCAAAGUAUCGUCAGAUUAACUAAUUACGAUCUAUCAAGAACUUUGCCUUCGUUCUUCCUCCAUCCCCUGUUUCUAGUGCAUCCAAAACACAUUUUUAUUCAAAUGAAUGAUGCAGGAUAGCAUCCGUGGGCCUUGGUGUCGAGUUGAGCUUAGUCAUUAGGGAUUAAUUGUUAGUUAAUUGUAGGGUUAUUAUGGUUAUUUGUAAUAUUCGUAUUAGUUUAUUGUGUCUUGUUGAGUAAGUUAUUAGUUACCUUGUUAGAGUGAGAUAGGGUUAGCUAUUAGGUUUUCUUACGUUUUCCUAUAAAUAUGUACUUUGUGG